AUCUUUAUGUUUUAAGGCAUUUAAUUUUGUAUUUUUCACUUUCCAGUGAUUGUCGAUAGUAUUUGACUAUGGACCAGAUACAAAAUCUAUUUUCUCAGACUGACUGCAACAAAUCUUAUGUUCCAACCGCAGAGGAGUACCAUCAGGCUCUGGGGUCAUACGGCACAGCACUGCUGGCCAUCGGAGGGCUCAUCACCGUGGGCCUCUACAUUCUCUUCUUCGAGCAAGCCUUCUUCACGCUCCUCAACGCCCACCGGAUCUUUCGUCGUCACAUAUACUGGAUCGCAUCUGUCUACCCGGUCAUGUCAUCGCAAACGGUGGUUCCCAGAGCUCAUAACAUCUGUACGUCUGUUAAAAUCACGUAUAUGGCCAUCGACAGUCACUUCACGGACCUGACAGUGCUGAUGUUCGGCAGCGAGGCUGUCAUGCUGGCCAAGACGGAGGGAAAGAAGUUGAACCUCCAAGUGGGGCCAAGCUGCUGCUGCUGCUGCUGCCUUCCCUCUCCACCUGUCACUAAGUUCUCCCUGCGGCUGGUAAUGCUGAUGGUGGACCAGCUGCCCUUCUCCCAAGCUGCGUACUACAUCACAAUCCUUAUCCUCAUCUCUGCUGAUAUUAUCACCCUGGGAAAUGUAAGGCCAGCGAAGCAGCGAGAGAAGAUUGAACAAGAUUAUGCAAAGUCGUUCUCGAUGAAGACGUUAGUACUGGUGACCAACCUGCAAAGUCUCAUACUUGAUAUCAUGGCCAACUAUGGUGCCUUUCCUUGCAUCUCUCCAUACCUACCUCCACAGGUCUACAAGCAGAGUAAGUUUUAUUUACCUCCCUGUAUGCGGAACAAGUUCUUACCACCUCCCUUCAUGCAGAACAUGUUCUUACUACCUCCCUCCAUGCAGAACAUGUUCUUACUACCUCCCUUCAUGCAGAACAUGUUCUUACUACCUCCCUUCAUGCAGAACAUGUUCUUACUACCUCCCUUCAUGCAGAACAUGCUCUUACUACCUCCCUUCAUGCAGAAUAUGUUCUUACUACCUCCCUCCACGCAUCCCUCAAAACCAAGAUAA